AUGCAGAUCAACCGCAACAUAGUGCCCAACUUCUACCGUGUCCUUCAGGAACAGGAUGAGCAGAAGCAGAUUUCAAAUGCGCAAGAACUUAAGGAUGCAUUCGCUACGCUAGUGAAUGCCGCCGACUCACAAGGCCCAUUCUUCCUGGGAGCUAAUAUAUCAUUUGUGGAUGUCCAGGUGGCUCCCUGGAUCAUCCGAUUGAGCCGCGUCCUGAAGCCCUACCGCGCUUGGCCGGACCCCGACGCAGGGAGCCGAUGGGGCGCCUGGGUUAACGCGAUCGAAGCUAAUGAGCACGUCAAAGCGACAAGUGACGAUGAACUCUAUAUUGACAGUUAUGAACGAUAUGCCCAAAACCGCCCCAACACUUCUCUGCUGGCGAGUGCGAUCAACUCUGGGAGAUCUCUUCCAUGA